GGGCAGCGCGCUGGCGUCAGAGGCGCGGCUAUAUAAGUGAACACAGGCACCGCCCAUCUGCCCCAGUCACUGAGCCGCCGCCGAGGACUCAACAGCCUUCCCCCUUGAGCCCCCUCGCUUCCCGACGUUCCGUUCCCCCCUGCCCGCCUUCUCCCGCCGCCUUCCGCAGGCCGUUUCCACCGAGGAAAAGGAAUCGUAUCGUAUGUCCGCUAUCCAGAACCUCCACUCUUUCGACCCCUUUGCUGAUGCAAGUAAGGGUGAUGACCUGCUUCCUGCUGGCACUGAGGAUUAUAUCCAUAUAAGAAUUCAACAGAGAAACGGCAGGAAGACCCUUACUACUGUCCAAGGGAUCGCUGAUGAUUACGAUAAAAAGAAACUAGUGAAGGCGUUUAAGAAAAAGUUUGCCUGCAAUGGUACUGUAAUUGAGCAUCCGGAAUAUGGAGAAGUAAUUCAACUACAGGGUGACCAACGCAAGAACAUAUGCCAGUUCCUCGUAGAGAUUGGACUGGCUAAGGACGAUCAGCUGAAGGUUCAUGGGUUUUAAGUGCUUGUGGCUCACUGAAGCUUAAGUGAGGAUUUCCUUGCAAUGAAUAGAAUUUCCCUUCUGUCCCUUGUCACAAGUUUAAAAACCUCACAGCUUGUAUAAUGUAACCAUUUGGGGUCCGCUUUUAACUUGGACUAGUGUAACUCCUUCAUGCAAUAAACUGAAAAGAGCCAUGCUGUCUAGUCUUGAAGUCCCUCAUUUAAACAGAGGUCAAGCAAUAGGCGCCUGGCAGUGUCAAGCCUGAAACCAAGCAAUACCGUCAUGUUUCAGCCAAGCCCAGAGCCCUAAGAUCACAAACAACUAUGGCUGGAACCUCCUCAGCUCUCCCUCUGCAGAGUUCCCUACCCUAAGAGAAUGUUACCACCUGAACAGUCCUCGGUGAGUCUGAGAGGAGAGGAUGGGGUAAGGCAGAAGCACCAGCUGUACUACUAGAAGGGAGUUUUUGGUGGUAGAUCCCCUGGCGUCUCCAACCUGACCAGGUGGACAGAGCUCAGAGAGGCCCUCUUCCUGCUAGCGAGGUGUUAGGACAUCUGGCUUGCCACAAAGAUCUGUUUGACCAGACGUAUCCUAGCUAAGGGAUGUCCGGACAUCAGAAUGUGAGGCCAACCUUCUAUCAGAGUUAAACUUUUGACAAGGGAACAAAUCUUAAACUGAUCCAUCAGUCAUGUAGCUAGCUGUAGAGCUUGCAACUUAAUAGCAGCAGCUGCCCAAUGCCAUGUGAAGUAACAAACUGGUUUUUGGUUUUUUUCCCCCUUCAGUUUUAAUGUUAUGUGUAAUGUAUUUAAACCCUUAUUUAAAUAAAACUUGUUUUCAGAAAUA